CCUGCUAUUGGUCAGCCCGUGAUCAGAUGGUUGUAUUUCCUUGUGUCCCUCGCUGGCACCACGCCAUCUCCCUUCAGCUAAAACCCAAUCUCCGAUAUACCACUAAUAGCUAAACCACUUGGACUAUAAAACACAACAAAUCAUAAAGGCCGGGCAAAAAGGACGGCGCGCGCACGCACACACUCACACACGGGCGGCAAAAAAAAAAAAAAAAAAAAAAAAAAAAAAAAAAAAAAAGGAACAAAAAAAAAAAAAAAAGGAAAAAAAAAAAGGCAAAAAAAAGGGGGAAUCUCUCUCUCUCUCUCUCUCCUUUCCGAUGAGUUCUUAUUUUGUCAACUCGACCUUCCCGGUGAGCCUGGCGGCGGGGCAGGAGCCCUUCCUGGGACAGAUCCCGCUGUACCCCUCGGGCUACGCGGAUCCUUUGCGGCACUACCCCAGCGCGUAUGGAGCCGCGGGCGCGCAGGACAAGGGCUACAGCUCCUCUCCUUACUACCAGCAGAGCAGCGCGGCGUUCGGCGGCCGCGCCUCCGCCUGUGACUACGGGCCCGGCGGCUUUUUCAGGGACAAGGACCCUGCGUGCGCCCCUCCCAGCCUGGACGAGGUGCCCUCCUUCGGCGCCGAGGCGCGCAAGGCGGACUGCGCGCAGGGCAAAAGCGCGUUCGGAGAGAGCGAGGAGCAAAAGUGUUCCGCGCCGGUUUACCCCUGGAUGCAGCGGAUGAACUCUUGCAAUAGUUCGUCCUUCGGGCCCAGCGGCCGCCGGGGCCGCCAGACCUACACCAGGUACCAGACGCUGGAGCUGGAGAAGGAGUUCCACUUCAACCGCUACCUGACCCGGCGGCGCCGCAUCGAGAUCGCGCACUCGCUGUGCCUGACCGAGCGGCAGAUCAAGAUCUGGUUCCAGAACCGCCGCAUGAAGUGGAAGAAGGAGAACAAGCUGCUCAGCUCCGCGCAGCUCAGCGCCGAGGAGGAGGAGGAGAAAGCGGCCGAGUGACUCGGCGCCAAAUGAGGAGGGUUAAAAAAAAAAAAAAAAUUAAACCCAAAAAACCCCCCAAAAAAACCCCAAAAAAACAAAACAAACAAACAAAAAAAAAAAAUAGGGAGAAAAGCGACAGCAACAGCAAAAAAAAGUUAUUUAAAAGGAGGAAAAAGCGAUAAAAAAUUGGAAUUUAGGGAGGGAGGAGAGGGAUGGGGGCGCGCUGGCUGCGAGGGAAAUCCCGCUCUUGGUGGGACGAGUCCCCUGCAGCCGCCGCAAAGUUUGGGCCGCCACCGCCCUGGACUCGAAUUCCCGCUGAUUUUGUCCAGAAAGAAACAAACAAACAAAAAAACCUCCACCAAAAUAAUCAGGCUUUUAGACGCGUUUUGAAUUCUUCUCGCCCUUCCCACACCUCCCUUGCCCUCCCUCUCCGCCCCCCCCAAAAUCCACGGAACGGAAUAAUAAAAAUAAAAACAAUAAUUAAAAAGCGAAGGGAUGGAGAGGGAGAAGGAGGCCCGGAAAGAGAAAAAAGGGAAAAAAAACUAAAAAAAAAACCUAAAAAAAAAAAAAAGGACUCCUAGCCGUGUUUCUACCCUUGGUGUCACUGUUAGUCACCCGCUAACUCUUGUAUUUAAUGGAAGUGCUGCAAUAUAUGUCAUUCGGGGUGUUCA